UGCUACAAAAAAUGCACAACUGACUACAAGUCCCAGAAGCUUCUGUUGUUCGGUAGGCAAGACCAAUGUUAGCAUAAGGGAUGGAGUUUGACAGUUCUGAAGACUAGAUAUCUUUGAUUGGAGACAUGAGCGGAGGGGAAACGACUAUACGCAGAAGGGGGGGACCCUAUAAGACAACACCUGCCACAGACCUUACACGUUGGCGUCUCACAUGUUCAGAGGGGAGACAAACGUGGAGAUAUGAAGAAGAGGAGAGGCGAAAACAGAGUGUGCUUGAGGCUCAUUCCUUGGGACUGGACACUACUGCCUUCCUGCCAGACCUGCCAAAGGCAAAUACAGUACAGGAAGGUGCAUAUAAUGGCAUCACAUUUUACACAUCUUUACAAGCAGAGGAUGGACACUGGUCUGGAGAUUAUGGGGGACCCCUAUUCUUGAUGCCUGGUCUCCUGAUUGCUUGUCAUGUGACACAAACUCUACUGCCUGAAGCCACAAAGAAGGAGAUGGUGCGAUAUCUGUUCUCUGUACAGCUGCCAGACGGAGGGUGGGGAUUGCACAUUGAAGAUAAGAGCACUGUUUUCGGCACAGCUCUUAGUUACACUUCUCUUCGCCUCCUAGGAGUUUCACAGGAUGAUCCAAAUCUGACUCGAGCAAGAAAUAACUUGCAUAGCAAAGGUGGUGCCCUUGGAAUUCCGUCUUGGGGAAAGUUCUGGUUGGCUGUGCUGAACGUGUACAGCUGGGAGGGAUUGAACACUCUGAUCCCAGAGAUGUGGCUUCUUCCCUCCUGGUUUCCAGCUCAUCCUAGUACCAUCUGGUGUCACUGCCGCCAAGUAUACCUACCCAUGAGUUACUGUUAUGCCACCCGCCUGAGUGCUCCUGAGGAUGACUUAAUUCACAGCCUAAGACAGGAACUUUAUCUGGAAGAUUAUAACAGCAUUAAUUGGCCAGCACAGAAGAAUAAUGUGGCUCCUUGUGAUAUUUACACCCCGCACAGCACUCUGCUCAACAUCAUGUAUGUAAUUUUAAACACGUAUGAAUAUUGUCACAUACCCUCUCUCCGGCGGCGAGCAGUUGAACACUUGUAUGAUCACAUCAAAGCUGAUGACCUGUUCACUAAGUGCAUCAGCAUUGGACCAAUCUCAAAGGUGAUUAAUAUGCUGGUUCGUUGGCAUGUGGACGGGCCAGAGUCUUCUGUAUUCAAGGAGCAUGUGGACCGCAUCCCAGAUUACUUAUGGUUAGGUUUGGACGGCAUGAAGAUGCAGGGCACCAAUGGGUCUCAGUUGUGGGACACAGCGUUUGCUGUCCAGGCGUUCCUUGAGGCUGGAGCUCAUCACCAAAAGCAGUUUCAAAAUAGUUUGAAAAAUGCACAUGAAUUUCUUCGUAUCUCACAGAUUCCAGAUAACCCUCCUAAUUAUGAAAAGUACUACAGACAGAUGAACAAGGGGGGCUUUCCGUUCAGCACUCGUGACUGUGGUUGGAUAGUUGCAGAUUGCACAGCUGAGGGACUGAAGUCUGUUAUCAUGUUACAAGAAAAAUGUUCUUUCUUAUCAAAUCAUGUUCCCCGGGAGAGGCUUCAGGAUGCAGUGGAUGUGCUGCUCAGUAUGCGCAAUCCUGAUGGUGGAUUUGCCACAUAUGAAACAAAACGUGGAGGGCGUCUACUAGAGCUACUAAAUCCAUCUGAGGUGUUUGGGGACAUUAUGAUUGAUUACACAUACGUGGAGUGUACAUCGGCUGUCAUACAGGCACUGAAGCAUUUCCAGGAGUUUGAUGCUGACUAUCGAGCCCAUGAUAUUAGCGAUACGCUAAAUCGUGGGCUGGAAUAUUGUCGCACAGUGCAGAGGGAAGAUGGAUCUUGGGAGGGGUCCUGGGGAGUAUGUUUUACAUAUGGCAUCUGGUUUGGGCUGGAAGCUUUCGCUUGCAUGGGACACAAAUACAAAGAAGGAUGCCCAGAGAUUCUUCGUGCCUGCAAUUUCCUGCUGUCCCACCAGAUGGCAGAUGGUGGUUGGGGGGAAGAUUUUGAGUCAUGUGAACAAAGAAAAUACGUCCAGAGCGCAAACUCCCAAAUACACAAUACCUGCUGGGCUCUGCUGGGUCUGAUGGCUGUUGGGUUUCCACAUGUUGCUGUUUUGGAGAAAGGAGUCAGCCUUUUACUUGAAAAGCAAAUGAGCAAUGGAGACUGGCCACAGGAGAAUAUUUCUGGUGUGUUUAACAAGAGCUGCGCAAUCAGUUACACUGCAUAUCGGAAUGUUUUUCCCAUCUGGACAUUGGGACGGUUUUCCCGACUGCAUCCAAACAGCCCCCUCGCUAGAAAGACUCAAACAUAAUUGCUGUAGCAGAGCCUACCUACCUCAUCCUAAUUGUCACCAGUCUGAUUAUUUUUUUUCUCUGAAACAUAAUUUUAAAGAUGUCAAUAUCAGAAAUGUUUUUAUGUCAUUUUAUAUUCUUUUUUUUUAUGAUCACUAUACAAAUUCAAAGAAUUUACUGUUUUGUGGCUGUUUAUUUUCUACAGCAGUCAAGUUUUGUACCCUAUUCACUUUGUUACUGGAUCUGAAUAAAGUGAACAGAUUAAAGGCACAUUAUGAUUAUCCUGAAAAA